AUGUUAUGUUUGAAAACUCUAAACAAGGUUAUUGCUGGACGAGGCUACCUCGGCGACGAGAGUAAAGGAAAACCCGCAGUUCCAUACUGGGGCGGAGAUUAUGGCGAAGAAGGAUCCGAUCUUUUCCACAACCCCGAUGAUGUUAUUCGACUUGGAUGCAAACUCGGCUACCAGAAUAGCAUCGGAAAGCCAUUCAUGGGAACAAAGUGUCUCUGUACUGACGGGGUCUGCCAGUGGACCAUGAACAACCCCGACUUUUCUUGCGUCUCCAACGAUAAUGAAGUCUCCAUUCCAGUUUGGUCCGGCGGCACCUUCAACUUUAUCAAGAGCACCUUCUCUAGGUAUUUGGUCAUGAAAACUCGAGUCUCCAACCUCCGAAACGUCGACAACUGGAGCCACGAUCAGAUCGACCACGUUGCUCAUCCAGAAUAUCUCACACAACAGUUCUGGGAUGAUUCUGAAUCGACACUCUUUGUAUUCUGUCCUUUUGAUGUCACUCUCGGUGGAAUCAAUGGAGGAGACGGCAGAAUCGCCUUCGCAGACUGGUAUCCAUCAGAACAGUCUUCAGAUGGAAGGCUUUGGUCUUUCUUGUCUCGAGAGGGAACAAGAGUGAAUAGACAGAAAUGCGAGCUUGUCGAAGGAGCCCUUUCUUGCACGACAAAGAGUAGUUAUUACAAAGGAUACAUUGAUUGGUCUGCAGAUAAUUCUGAACGAGGACCCAUCGAAAUUCAUACAGGAUUUACUGCUGGAGGAAACGACUACUCCUGCGAGACUGGUAUUCUUCCUGGACAUCAUCCGGAUGCGAUCGCCAAAUUGCAGCAAUAUUUCCCAAUUUUCGCAGACGGAGAUUUCUCAAAGAUGGUCAAUUAUUUAAGAAAUCCUCCAUUCGAUGAUACAUUCACGUUGAACUAA